AUGUCGCCGUCUCCAGUUAACCAUUCAACCGCCACAAGCUUCACCAAGGAGCCGUCGUCGUCACCACUGGAUCUGCCAUAUCUCCCUGAUGAGUUACUAUUGAAUUGCUUUGCUCGGGUCUCCAGAUUUCUCUACCCAACUCUUUCCUUAGUCUCCAAGAGAUUCCGCUCUCUCCUCGCUUCACUUGAGCUUUACAACACCCGAAAGCUUUUAAGCCGCACAGAGAGUUGUCUCUAUGUGUGCUUAUGGUUUGGUGAACCAUAUUGGUUCACUCUUUACCGGAGAUCAACUCACCUAAACCCUAACUCUAACCCUAAAUCACAAUGGUCUACUCCAUGUUUUAAACAAUUUAGAAACAUCAUGUCAAGUGACAAUCUUUUAGUCUCAGUGCCAACUCGCAAUCUUCCUCCUCACUUUUUUGGGGCUCUUACCACAAUUGGUUCUAAUAUCUACAUGAUUUGCGGAGACACUAAUGGUGAACCCUCGCCUAAGGUAUUCUUCAUGGACUGUCUCUCUCACACCUGGCACGAAGCUCCAAACAUGCUGACAGCUGGGAAGUGGCCUCAGGUAAGUGUUCUUGAUGGUAAAAUAUACGUAGUAAAAGGCGGCAAAAUAUGCAGUUCCUCGAGUUUGAUCGAGGUUUUCGAUCCUAAAACCGAAACAUGGGAGCAUGUGCCAAGCCCUGGACCAGAGAUACACGGGACAUACAUAAAAGAUAGUUUGGUCAUCAACGGAAAUCUCUAUCUGCUUGGGGACAAGAAUGUGGUUUACAAGCCCAAAGAAAAUAGAUGGUAUGCAUUAGGAUAUCAGAGGUGUGAUGCACUUGCAGGGUCGGAUAUGUGUUGGGCUGCGAUUAACGGUUCUUCUUGCGAGAUAGAUGAAGUAACGUACUGUCAUAGAUCUAUUAGAAAAGUGCUUGAGUGGUACGACAAUGAGGAAAGAUCCUGGAAAGUUUUGAAGGGUUUAGAAGGACUGCCUAAAUUAUGGAUCGGUUUUAGAUUUAGAUUGGUGAAUUAUGGUGGGAAGAUUGCGGUUUUGUGGGAGGAGAAUGAGGGUGGUAUUAGUUUUAAGAAGAUGAUUUGGUUAGCUGUGAUUGCGCUUGAAAGACGUGGCAAACAUGAGAUUUAUGGGAAGAUUGAGUGGUGCGAUGUUGUGCUUACAGUCCCCAAGACAUGUUCUUUCAAAAAAAUGAUUGCUGUUACUGUUUGA